ACAUCAUCCCUGGCUUGAGUUCUUGUUCAGAAGCAGCACAAGAAAAGACGAAUUAUGAAAGCAGUAGUUUGUGUCCUUUGUGCCUUCGUGGCAGUCACAAUCCAUGCUCAGAACAGUGUCGCCCCCGGAAUGACGGCAUCUGGCGUCCCCCUCGAUAACUCGGUCAACGGUGUUCCUUUCGCAUCUGCACAGCAUCCGAGCCCGAUGCCAGGCGCUCUCUUGUCCCAUGCCAGUAAUGUCUUCAAUAACAACCACCCGACGGCUGCCACCAACAAUCACCACGCCAACAACGCUGCCCAGUCCCCCAUGAACUUUCUCCCGUUCAUGAUGGGGGGUGACAACGGGCGCAGGAUGGCCAUGUACAGCAUGAUGAUGAACCCAAGGCAGUCCAACAAUAUGAUGCUCCCUUUCGCCAUGAUGAACGGCGUCGACAACAUGUGGCCCAUGAUGGCUCUCAUGAACAAUCGCAACCAGAGAGGUGGACAAGGCUUCGACCCCAUGACGAUGAUGUUUCUUGGAGGCGAGAUGAUGUAAACACGACCCUACGACUGUAAUAAUUUAUCCAUUUCAUGUCACCUAUUUAUUGAAGAAUGGACGUCCCAACUAUUUCCGACCCCUGAUUCAUAUAUUGUAUUUCAAUUUCAAAAAUGUUGCUGUAUGAACAUUCUCACUAAAAUAAAGAGAUUGCAUCAA